AUGGGAAACUAUUUUAUAGGUCAGUCGAUUUUAACUGCUAGUUUUGGAAAUAACGGUUACGGUAAAGACUCCAAUGACACCGUUAAAGUCAUCAAAUCAUGCGCGGUUCAAGAAUUGAGGAAUAAUACACAACUGCAACAAGAGAAGACAGAUCAAGACAUUCCACAGAACGAGAAUGCAAAAAGCCACGAAGAGGCUGAACAACCAAUACAAACGGUUCUUGCAUCCAAUACUGAAGAUACUUCGGAAGGACGACGACGCACUCGAAUUAGGAAGAGGAGAUUGGCGAUAGCGUUAUCACCGUUGAGAAGUCCAAAGAAAAAAGCGCGUUCUGCUUCAGAGAUGACUUGGACAGUCGAGGAUGUUGGGCUUGAUUCAACGGCUUCGUUAGAACAAGCUUCUGAGGUGCCGGAGCAGAUUGAGGCAGCACCAGAUCAAGAAAUGUUUAACGAGCUGCAGCUCGCUCCGCCUAUGCCUCCCCUCGACUGGACCUCAUUCGACACAGAGCCGCCGUUUGAACGCUGCUCGCUGUUCACUCUGGUGCUCGUACACUUCGGCUUCUACUUGUACCUGGUUCUCAGCUACCUCAACCGAUUUCUUUUUCCGCAUAACGUCACCAGAGAGAGGAAUAGAGAGGGCUACGCGCCGCUGUACAGCCCAUUCGAGCAGGUCUUCUCUCAGUACGUGUACCGUCGCGGGCGCAUCUGCUACAACCGGCCCGUGUGCUCCGCGCCGCUCUCCGACAUCACACUCAUGGAGCGCACUAGUGACGACUACAACUGGACAUUCAGAUUUACCGGUCGCGAGCUGAAGUGCGUGAACCUGGGCUCGUACAACUACUUGGGCUACCGCGGCGGGAAGGCCGAGGUUGAGGCCGCCACGCGGCGCUACGGCCUCACGUUGAGCUCUCCACGUGCUGAGCUGGGUUCGUGCCCGCUGCAUGCUCAACUUGAGAACGAGCUCGCGGACUUCCUUGGUGUUGAGGCAGCAAUGGUGAUAGGCAACGGAUUCUCAGCCAACUCGCUGACACUGCCAGGGCUACUGGAGCCUGACACGCUGGUGUUGAGCGACGCGAAGAAUCACGCCAGCCUGCGACUGGGCUUGCGGCUCGGACGUGUUGCCGUGCGGGUAUUCAGACAUAACGAUAUGAGGCAUCUUGAGCAGCUAGCAAGGCAGGCACGCGCUGAGGGGCGCUGGGAGAAGAUUGUCGUGGUGAUGGAGGGCGUAUACAGCAUGGAGGGUUCUAUUGGAAUGCUACCAGCUGCCAUCGCGUUGAAGAAGCAGUUAGACCUCCACAUAUAUAUAGAUGAGGCCCACAGCAUCGGGCUGGGGCCGCGAGGCCGUGGGGUGACGGAUAUGUACGGCGUGAAUCCGAGAGAUGUCGACGUUCUGAUGGGUACUUUUACCAAGAGUUUUGUCGGCAUGGGCGGGUAUAUUGCAGGUUCCACGGCGCUAGUAAACCGAGUGCGUGCGCACGGGCAUGCGCACGCGUACGCGCAGAGCAUGCCGCCGCCCGUUGUCGCGCAAGUGCUCAGCGCGCUGCACGACCUGCGCGCGCCGUCCGGCCAAGCGCGAGCGGCCGCGCUGAGGGACAACACGCGCUACUUUCGCGAACGGCUCCGUGCGAUGGGCGUGGUGAUAUACGGGCACCCGCAGUCUCCAGUAGUACCUAUGAUGGUCUACUCGCUGUCCAAGAUGGUGGCGUGCGUGAAGCAGCUCACGGCGGCCGAAGUGGCGUCCGUUGGCGUCUGCUUCCCCGCCACGCCACUGUACCAAGCGAGGAUGAGGUCAGUGUUGUCUUAA